AUGGGGGUCACCGGGAUCACUGAGAUCAUUUGGGUCCCUGAGUUCUCCCUGGACCCUCGUGGGGAAUUUGCUGCCUGGCCCUGGUGGCAGCUGAGGUGGGGCAGCUGGAACGUGGCCGUGGGUGCAGAGGACCCGGGACAACCCCAGGGUCCCCUCUGCCCAGCACCGACCUUGGGGACACCCCAGGGACCCCCAGCAGCACCCAGGGGCUGCCAUGCACCUCUCCUGCUGGCUUGUCCUCCUGGCCAGCCUUGUCCCACCAGGGCCACCAGAGGCAUCCUGGCCAUCUGGUACAAGGAUUAUGAGGGACAGAAGACCCUGGUCUACCACUCGGGGGGCGAGAAUGUGGAUGCCCACUUCUCGGGACGUGCCAGCCUGGUGGGACAGCCCUCUGCCAGGAAAUGCAGCCUGAUGCUGAGCGGGGUGACACCGGAGGACAGCGGGCCCUACAGGUUCCGCUUCGAGAUCCUCGAGGAGGACCGCUGGUCAGCAGAGAGGGACGUGGUGCUGAGGGUCUCAGACACCAUGGAGGAGCCGAGGGUCAGUGCCAGCCAGGAGUACACGGAGGGACAAACAUCCACCUUGGAGUGCUUCACCCCCUACUUCUGCCCAGACUCCUUCUCCCUGCGCUGGGUGGGCCACGACCCAGAGGUCUCAAGGGUGUCCAGUGAGGUCCAGUUGGACACGAAUGGGGUUGGCCACCACCUGAACCUCACCACCUCCUUCUCCUGGAAGGACCACUCCAAAAAGCUGCUCUGUGAACUUUCUUACAACUCCAGGAAGGCAACCAGGGAGGUUGUCCUGCGGGUGAGACACUCCCCGAAGGACACCCGGGUGUCGGUCACCCCCUCGACACAGCACAUCCAGGAGGGGGACACGGUGUCCCUCACCUGUCAGGUGAGCAGCAGCUACCCCCAGGUCUUGGGGUACAGCUGGUACAAGGAUGGGGUGUCCCUGGGCAGCCAGCAGGUCCUGACCCUGCGGGACGUGGGCCACGAAGACUAUGGGCAGUACCACUGUGAAGCCCAGAACGCCGUGGGGACUGGCACGGCACCCGCUGUCACCCUCUACAUCUUCUCUGCAGAGAUCUCGGUGAGCCCCGCGGCUGAGGUGCAGGAGGGGACGGCCACCACCUUGUCCUGCAACGUCCCCGGCAGGGAGGGACAGACCUUCAACUACACCUGGUACAAGAACGGGGUCUGGCUGGGGGAGGCUCUCACUCACACCCUCCGCUUCCCACACAUCGCUGCCAGUGACGCCGGAUCCUACUCCUGCGAGGUGACCUCUGCCCAAGGCAGUGACAGGGACAUGUCCCACAGCAUCAGCCUCAGCGUGGCCUACCCCCCCCGGACCCCCACCCUCACCCUCUUCCAGGAGACACAGGGUGGCAGGGUGGCCAUCAUCCACUGUGCCGUGGACAGCCACCCCGUGGCCACCAUGGCCCUUUACCACCGUGGCACCUUGCUGGCCACCAGUGGCUGGCAGGUGGCCCCAGGCCAGCGGGUGAGCGUCACCACCAGCCACAACGCUCUGCGGGUGGAGAUCCGUGGCGUGGGGCCACAGGACGGGGGUGACUACCACUGCAUGGCCACCAACACCCACGGCAACGCCACUGCCACCAAGGGCUUCGUCAUCCGUGCCACAGAGCUCCUGGUCCAGCCCUCGGCGGAGGUGCAGGAGGGAGCAGACGUCACCCUGAGCUGCCUGGGGGUGGGGGGCUUGGGGACCCUCUACACCUGGUACCGGAACAGCAAAUGGCUGCGGGACACCCACACCCCCACCCUGCACUUCCCCUCCAUCCACCCCCGGGACGCCGGAGCCUUCCAGUGCCGGAGCAGCAACAGCAGUGACAUCUCCAUCCCUGUGCCCCUCCGUGUCCUCUUCCCACCCAGGCCACCAGUGCUGAGCUAUUUCCUGGAGACCCAGGGUGGGCGCUUGGGCAUCAUCCACUGCACGGCUGAGAGUGACCCCGAGGCCAACCUCACCCUCUGGAGAGGAGAAGCCAUCAUCGCCUGCACGGGGGGCUGCUCCCCAGCCCCCAGCCCCAGGCUCCAGGUCAGCUGGUCCUACAACAGCCUGAAGCUGGAGAUCCAGGAGGUGGUGCUGGAGGAUGAGGGGACCUACGUGUGCCAGGCUGGGAACCCACAGGGCAGUGCCAGCUCCUCCUUGGACCUCAGAGCUGAGACUGCUGGAAUCUCCGUGGCUCCGUCCAGCCAGGUCCUGGAGGGCCAAGUGGCCAACCUGAGCUGCUGGCUGCACAGCCAGGCCCCGGUGCUGCCCAACAUCACCUGGUACCACAACGGGCACCAGCUGGCCCGGGGCUCAGCCACCACCCUGGUGUUCCAGGCAGUGUCCAGGGAGGACGCAGGGCUCUACCACUGCAGGGCCAGCACCCCCAGCACCACCCGCAGCUCCCCCAGCAUCACCCUGGAUGUGCUCUACCCCCCCCGAGACCCUCUCCUGACGUCCUUCCUGGAGACAGAGAGUGGCCACUUGGCCAUCUUCCAGUGCUCAGUGGCAAGCAACCCUCCCGCCCAGCUAGCCUUGCACCGGGGCGAGGAGCUGGUGGCCACCAGCACCAUGGGGACAGGCCCAAGGGUCAGCAUCACGGCUGUCCCCAACACCCUCAGGGUGGAGCUGAGGGAGGUGACCCCAGCAGACGAAGGCAGCUACAGCUGCACGGCCACCAACGCACAUGGCACGGCGACACAACGCCUGUUCUUCCGUGUGCCAGCUGCCCGGGUCCUGGUGUCACCAUCGGUGGAGGUGCUGGAAGGAGAUGAUGUCACACUGACGUGCCAGGUGGCCGAGGGGACACAGGGUGGCACCAACUACACCUGGUACCGGAACAGCCACUGGGUCUGGCAGAGCUGGGAGAACAUCCUGGCCCUGCCCCACAUCUCCAGCACCGCUGCUGGCGCCUACCAGUGCCGGGCCCAUGGUCCUGCAGGGACCAGCCUGUCCCCAGCUGUCACCCUGGGAGUCUCCUGCCACCCAUCCCUCAGGGUCUCCAGCUCUGCCUUACCCUUGGUCGAUGGGACCGCAGUCAUCCUCCUCUGCUCGGUGGACAGCAACCCCCCGUCCCAGCUCACCCUGCUCAGGGGGGGGCAGCCGGUGGCCUCCAGCCCCCCGCCGGGAGGUGACCACCCCGGGGGGAGCACCCACCUCACCCCAGCACCCAACGCCCUGAGGCUGGAGCUCCAGGAGGCAUCCCAGGAGGAUGAGGGGGAGUACGAGUGCCGGGCCAGCAGCCCCCUGGGCAGCACCCACGCGUCCCUGCCUCUCCGUGUGCUGGCUGUCAGGGUGGUGAUGAGGCCCUCCGCCGAGGUGACAGAGGGGACAGAGGUGACACUGACGUGCCGAGCCCCGGGUGCCCCCCCGGGGACCCUCUACAGCUGGUUCAAGGAUGGGCAGUGGCUGGGGGAGGGUCCCGACCCCUCCCUCGCCCUUCCCGCCACCCGGCGCACGGACGCGGGGGUCUACGGCUGCCAAGUGGGGAGGGGGCUGCUCCGAGCUCCCCCCGCCGCCCUCAGGGUACUCUAUGCCCCCCAGGACCUCUCCUUCACCUCCCUGCUGGACCCCCGGGGGGGGCACCGAGCCCUCCUGCUCUGCACCGUCGACAGCGACCCCCCCUCCCAGCUUACCCUGCACCGGGGGGACGGGGGACCCCCCCUGGCCUCCAGCCGCGGCUCGGCCGACCCCCACCUUACUGUCCAGGCGACCCCCAACACCCUGCGGGUGGGGCUGGGGGCUCCGAGGGGGUGGAAGGGGGGGGUCUAUAUCUGCAGGGCCAACAACAGCCAGGGCAGUGUGGCUGAGACCCUCCACCUGCAGCCCCCAGGCGUCACGGUGACAGUUGAGCCCUCGCCAGAAGUCCCCGAAGGCACCAGGGUCACCAUCACCUGCUGGGCUGUCCCUUGGGUGGGGGACGAGGCCAACUACACCUGGUACAAGAACAACCGAUGGCUCCAGGAGGGACCCUCCGCCUCCCUCCUCCUCACCCGCGUCUCCAGCACCGACACCGGCUCCUACCACUGCCGGGCCAGCGGCGGGCGGGGCACUGCCACCUCCCCCCCCCUCAGCCUCACUGUGCUCUACCCCCCCCGGGACGUGUCGAUCAGCACCUUCCUGGAGAACCGUGCCGGGCGGGUGGGCAUCCUGCUGUGCCGGGCUGAUAGCCACCCGCCGGCCACCAUCGCUCUCUACCACCGCGGUCACCUCCUGGCCACCAGCCUGACCCCCGCCAGAGCCCCGGGAGUCCACGUGUCCCCCUCCCACAACAGCCUGCGCCUGGAGCUGGGGGCGGUGGGGCCGGGGGACUCGGGCGAGUACAUCUGUGUGGCUGGCAACCCCCUGGGCAACGCCACGGCCAGAGCCGACUUCGACGUGAGCACUCUCACCCACCUCCGGGUCUUCACCAUCCUGGCGGGGCUGCUGAUGGCCAUCCUCUGCCUGGCCACCCUGGCCACCCUGGCUGUCAAGCUGUGGCCCAGGAUGAGGAAGUUUUGGGGCUCGCCCGGCACUGAGAACACCUUGGAGCUGAGGAGCAAACGGGAGCAGACAGAGGUGGAUGGAGCUGCCUGAGCCUUCCAGCACAGCCCCAUCCUGGAUGGAUCAAAAAAAACCAUUCGGUGGGGGUGUGAGCCUGGGAACAACCCCUCCACUGUCACCAUCCUCCUGUCCCCCA